AUGGAGAUUUCUCCUCAUUGUUUGGUUUCUCUUCUUCUAACCCUUCUUUUGUCUGGACUCGCCUCGUCUCUCCACAUCUCUCUUGAUGAAUUUGAGUCACAUCCAGCCACAAGCCGAGCUCUUCUUCAGGCAAAGACACCAUGCAAAGAAGACUUUGCGAGCAAGAAUUACACAAUUAUAACGAGUAAAUGCAAAGGACCAAAUUAUCCAGCCAAGGCAUGUUGCUCGGCCUUCAAGGACUUUGCUUGCCCAUUCGCGGAAGCUCUUAACGAUGAAAAGGCAGACUGUGCCUCUACAAUGUUCAGCUACAUCAAUAUCUAUGGUCGUUAUCCUCCUGGAAUAUUCGCAAACAUGUGUAAAGAAGGUAAAGAAGGGCUUGACUGCACCAACGUCACCGCUACCUCAUCUGCUCAUGCAUCACUCCCUCUUGUCUCCUCCACACAUGCAUUGCUUAUCACCGCUCUCUUUCUUUACUUCUUUUAA